AUGAAUAUUUGUAUUAAUAAUAAAUAUAGAAAAUUCAGAAUCAUAAUAUUAAUUCUUUAUUUUUCAUUAAUAAAAUUAGAUGCUCUUACAAUAAACAAUAAAAAAAAAUCAAAUUCACCCUAUAAAAAUGAAGAAAAAAGUAUUCCAAUCAAUAAAGUAAUACCUUAUUUUGAUGAAGUAAUGACAAUUUAUCAUGAUAAUAUAUUGAAAAAAGUAAAUAGUGAAAAUAAUAUAUGUAUUAAAUCUAUUAAAAAUCAUAAUUCUUUAAAUCCUCCAUUUGAAACAAAAUACAAAAUUAACAGUCAAGAAUUUGUUGCAGAUAUAAAGCGUGAAAGUAAUAUAUUUAACUAUACAAAAAGGCUUCUAAAAAAUUUGAAUUUCGAUAUAUGUAACAAAAUAUUAGAAUUUUCUAUUCCAUCUAAUAAACAUAUAUGCGAAUUUCAUUCUUUUUACAAUUACUUUUUAUAUAUUGAUUACUUAAGGAAGGAAAAAACUGAAAAAAUAGAAAAAGAACUAGAAGAAGGAGGAUUUAUAUUUAUUAAAUUACCUGAAAUUUAUAAUUUAAAAUUAGGUAUUGCAAACUUUGCUGAAGAUGAAUACAUUAUAAAAAAUGGAACAUUAGAAAAUAAUUUUAUAAAAAUUGAUGUUACGACUAUUAUAUCAAAUAAUGUAUGUUCAAAUUCCAAUAAAGAAGAACUUGAUGAUGAGGAAAAUGAAAAUAACAAAUCAUUCUACAAUCAAAAUGAAGUAAAAAAUGCAAGAUUUGCUAUUAUAACUUCACAUAAAUUAAGUGAUAUUAUUAUUUUUUCAAUUAAAAAUAUAAAUCUUGAUUAUUUACAUAAUUACAAAAAUAUGAAAAAUGUUGUAAAACUAAAGAAACAUAUAAAAAGUAAAUAUAUGGAAUGGGAAGAUUGGUCUCCAUGCUAUAGUGAAUGUAAAAAUAAUUUUGCUUAUAAAUGUAGAUAUAAUAACUGCAAAGAUGACAAAAACUUUUGUGAUCAAAAUUUUCAUAUCAAUUUUCAUGAAUGUGAAUCUACUACAUGCGAUGAACUAUUAAAAGAGGAUAAUGAAAAAAUCAGAGAAGAUGUAAUGAAUCCUUUAGACAACGAUGAAAUAAAAAUUAAAGAUGUAAAUAUGUUAAGAGAUACUAAAGAUAAAAAUAACAUAAAUUUCUUUAUGUGGCUAAUAAAUAACAAAAAGUUAUCGCUUGGUUUAUUAAUAUUUGUUAUAGGGGUCAUAAUAUUAAGCUGCAUAUAUUGUUAUAUAAAUUCCAGUUUAAACUUCUAUAAUGAUGAAGAAUAUUAUGUAUCAAAAUAUAUGUGA